GGCGGGAGACACUGCCGCUUCCGCGUCCGCGCAGCAGCGCUGCAGCACACUGGGGGAAGAUGGACGAUAAGUUAAUAUUGGCUGUGUAUAAUUUCCCCGAGCUGUACAACAUCACUUUGCCGAAUUACCGCUGCACGGAAAGUCGGACAAAUGCCUGGAGGAACAUAAGUAUUGUCCUAGGUCUCACGUCUGAGGACUGCAAAAGAAAAUGGAAGAAUUUGAGAGACAGGUACCUGAAGGAAGUCCGAAUGGAGCUCAAGAGCAAAAAGCAGGGAGAAAUUGUGCAAAGUAAAUGGAAAUACAGGCAACUCAUGAACUUUAUUGCUCCCUUUACUGGAUCAAGAGGCAGUGUGGCAGAUGUUUGUGACAACAACGAUGAUGACCGUGAAAAUCUGGACAACUACUCUGGCAGUGCAGAGGGAGAGACCACUGCGUUGGAGCCAGGGAAGACUUUGCAGAAUACUACAAAGUUCCCAGCGAGUCUCCCUGAACCUAAGUCCCAGAUAGCAUUUGUAACGCAGGUCUCUGUACCGUCUCAGGAAAAUCAGGUGACCCAGAUGGGGGUCGUGCCCAAGAUGCCACCAAGCCCCCUGAUAACCCCAUCCUCCAACACUGGACAGAAAAGAAAACUAAUACCGGAGACGGGGAUGCCAUCUUCUCCUAAAAGUAUGCACAUGCCUACAAAAUGGCUGGUUAAGGACAACGACGCCGCAUUUCCCCCAAGGCCGCGGGAUGAAGAUGAGCUGUUUCUGCUGAGCUUUGUCCCUGCUCUGAAGCGACUUGCUCCACAAAAAAGGUGUGAGACAAAAAUGAAGAUUCAGCAGAUUAUGUAUGAAGCUGAAUUUAACAUUGCACAAGCAGAACAAGAGAGAAAGAUGGAGCCAGAAAAGAAGGACUAAAUGUCAUGAAGUUUUUGUAGUUUUUUUUUUUUCUUCACAAACUUUUUAACUAUUUUUCUAAACCAAAGCACAAAAUGGUUGAAGUUGACAUAUUUUUCAAGAAAAAUAAAGUUUGGUGUGACCUGAUUUGUGUUUUGCAGUGUUAAAAGAAACAAAACAGAUACUUGUAAAUUCAUUGGUAACGCUUUAAUCUUAUCAGAGGAAAUUCACAGUUAGAAAAGUUGUUUCAUGUUCAACAAUCAGUCUUCAUUUUAAUUCUGUAAUUGAUAGUAUUUUACAUUUAAUUACAGUGAUAUACAGGAAAUAGCCCCCCCCCCCC